GUUUGACUCGUGCAUCGUCCCCUUUGACAGCAGACUCCAGGGCAGUCUUAUGGAACAACGCCAAGUGGCUCCCGGAAAAUAUAGUAAGGGAAUUUAAGAACGGUCUAGAACCUGUUGUUUCUCAUCCGGGCUGCGUUAGACGCAAUACAGCGGCUGCAUGAUGACCUAAAAGUGCUUGAGUCUUGUACCAACAUCAGAAACAACAGGAUAUCUCUUUUGAGAUCAUGGCUGAUGAGAUGGAUAUUGUCGAGGCUGAGCCUCGUGGAACCAAGAGGACCGCAAAUGAAGCUGGUCUGCCAGAAGCACCAAGGAGGAUCCGGGCACUGGAUCCCGAUGUGGUGAACAAGAUCGCCGCAGGAGAGAUCAUCGUCGCUCCUAUGCACGCUCUGAAGGAGCUGAUAGAGAAUGCUGUCGACGCUGGUUCCACCUCUAUCGAGAUCUUGGUGAAAGAUGGCGGUCUCAAGCUUCUCCAGAUCACUGACAACGGUCAUGGCAUAGAUCGGGAUGAUCUCCCCAUACUUUGCGAAAGGUUCACGACCUCUAAAUUAAAAGCGUUCGAGGAUCUAUCUUCCAUAGGAACGUAUGGAUUUCGUGGCGAGGCAUUGGCUAGUAUCAGCCAUAUCGCUCACCUCACGGUUACCACCAAAACUGCUGGUUCUAGCUGUGCCUGGAGAGCACACUAUAGUGACGGAAAGCUUGUUCCUGCAAAGCCAGGCCAGAGUGCCGAGCCAAAGGCAACUGCUGGAAGAGGUGGCACUCAAAUCACGGUUGAAGACCUAUUUUACAAUGUCCCAACCCGCCGUCGAGCGUUUCGAUCUGCUAGCGAAGAGUAUGCUAAGAUCCUCGACGUCGUGGGCCGGUACGCUGUCCAUUGCACCGGCGUAGCCUUCUCAUGCAAGAAACACGGAGAUUCAGGAAUGAGCAUUUCAACUGCAGCGAAUGCAACUACCAUUGAUCGCAUACGUCAAAUUCACGGCAGUGCCGUAGCUAACGAACUCGUUGAGUUUAGCAUCGAUGAUAAGAAAUGGGGUUUCCGGGCAUCUGGUCUUGUCACAAACGCAAACUAUCACGUCAAGCGAACAGUUAUUCUACUCUUCAUUAACCAUCGCUCGGUUGAAUCUUCUGCUGUGAAGAGAGCAGUGGAACAGACAUAUUCAACCUUCUUGCCAAAGGGUGGGCAUCCGUUUGUCUACAUCGAUCUGGAAAUCGAGCCGCAGCGUGUGGAUGUCAAUGUUCACCCGACGAAACGAGAGGUCAACUUCCUCAAUGAAGAUGAAAUCAUUGAGUGUAUCUGCAGUCAAAUUCGGACCAAUUUGGCACAGGUGGACUCUAGCAGGACGUUCAUGACUCAAACUCUUCUUCCUGGCAUCAGACCGCCCGAACCAGCUGGUGAUGAGUCGCUUUCGGGUACUGCGCUUGAAGGUCGUAAAGCACCGCCUCGGACACCAUCAACAACGAAGAAGCCUUAUGAGCAUAACCUUGUCCGGACUGAUUCCAAAGUCCGCAAGAUCACGUCGAUGCUCCCAUCCGCAACGCCUCAUCCGAUGUCUAGCGCAGAAGCAGAGGGCGGGACCGCAGUUGUAGAUGAUGGCUUACACUACGAGAGAACGGAUCGUGAACCGCUCCGUAUCGGCCUCACCUCCAUCAAGAACCUCCGCGCUGCUGUCCGCGCGUCGAUGCAUAACGAACUGACGGAGAUGUUCGCCUCGCAUACAUAUGUCGGACUGGUUGACGAACGACGACGCAUCGCAGCCAUCCAAGCAGGCGUGAAGCUCUACCUCGUCGAUUACGGAAUGACCUGUAACGAGUACUUCUACCAGCUUGGACUCACAGACUUUGGCAACUUUGGCACCAUAAAGCUUGAUCCUCCUCCAAAACUAGUCGACCUGCUUCGGAUCGCAGCAGACGUCGAACGAGAGGAGCACGAAGCACGCAACAGCCAGAACGCGGAUCCCAGCUCCAGCAGAAAUGAGGAAGCCGAGAGAAUCUUCGCUGAAGCGCCAGAUACAGUCUCCAGAACCCUGAUCGAUCGACGAGAUAUGCUAAACGAAUAUUUCUCCCUUGAAAUCUCCGAAGACGGACAUCUGAUCUCCAUCCCACUUCUACUGAAAGGCUACGUUCCCUCACUCGCAAAACUCCCACGCUUCCUCCUCCGAUUAGGCCCGUACGUAAACUGGACGGCCGAAGAGGCAUGUUUCCGCACGUUCCUGAGAGAACUUGCUGCAUUCUAUACCCCGGAGCAAUUACCCCCGCCUCCUCGUCCUAGUACGGAAGAUGACUCUGGCAACGAUGCCGGAAGUCAGCCAGGGCAUCAGGAAGACGAAUCCAUCACCGCCCGACGGGCACAGCUGAGCCAGAUGCUCGAACAUGUUGUCUUUCCUUCCCUACGCGCGCGACUAGUCGCCACGACGAAUCUUCUCCAGGGCGUCGUGGAAGUCGCGGACUUGAAGGGUCUAUAUCGUGUUUUUGAGCGAUGCUGAAAGUUAUAUUGCCAGGGCAAAAUAGAGAUUUAUCCCGCCUUGCCCACAUAAACCAACUCACUUUCGCAGUCCUGAAGCAUAUCCAAAAGCUAAGGAUAUCCAACUUUUGACCAACCAAAAAAGAAAAAAGAAAAAAAGAAAAAAGGAAGCCGGUUAACAUCCUAUAGUCCUUACGAGGAGCUUCAAGACAUCGAAGACCCAUAGCGGGAAUAUAUUCAAGAAAGAAAAGACCAAAAAGAAAGGAUUGAA